AUGGAAAAUGAAUUUGCUGAGUCGCAGCCACACAAUCCUUUAUUGUUACCACCUUCACUUACGAUUAGCAGCAUAACUACGACUGUCACUAUCCCUUCAACGCCAACACAACGACUUCAGUUAUCAUCGCCUUCUUCCGCAUGUAUCGACGAUGCUAAUAGUAAUGACGGGAAAGAUAUAAUGUUAUAUCUUAAUAAUAAAAAUGGUGUGCAAAUAAGAGAAUUGGAAGCUGAUCAAGAAUUAGUUGACGUGGAAAAUCUAUCAAAUACUAAAAUGGAGUUAGCAGAAUUACUGGAGGCGGAGAACAAAUUUCAAGCUCUUGCAGACGCUGCUACGGAAAUUGCUGAAGGUUUUGGAAAAUACGCAACAGCAAUGGAAAAAAUUCACAAUAUCGAUUCGUUUGAUUAUGAUAUUUUGCCCCAAGUUUUCCAAUUAAAUAUCUCAGAAAAAACCUCUACCUCGUCAUCGUCAUCACUAAAAAAGAUCCGCAAUCGAAAACGUCAGAGACACAAUUUCUCAUCGGAUGAAUCCGAUUCCUCAGAAUCAUCAUCUCAAUCUCGAUCACCGGAUAAAACCUCAGAUUCGGCAUCUGAGUCCUCAUCCUCCGAUUCUUCCUCCUCGGAAAAAGAAAUACGUGAAUGGACUCUGGAGGAAAGGAAGAAACUAAACGAUCUUAUGAUUCGGUUUUAUAAACGUAGAAAUAGAUAUUCACCACCAUUCUCACAAGUACGCAUGGCAAAAGAGAUUAUAGAAAUAUCGAAAAAAGAUAUCGGGAUAAAAUUGGAAAAACUCAUUAAUAGCUAUUUGACUUGCAAAGUGAUUCCUAGUAGACCGCGAUUAUUGGAAGCUAUAGAAUUGUGGGUUGAACGAGAGCAACGAAGAAUGAAGAGAAGUAGAAAAAUGCUGCGAAAUAAUAAAGAUAUUGUUAGUGCUCUUCGGAAAAGUGGAGCUCUAUAA